AUGUUUGGACAAAAUGGGGUUGAUAAAAUGGAUGAGAAUUCGAAAUCGAACCCUAUGUUCUUUGAGACCACAACCAUCACCUUCUUCGUCAUCCUCCUCAUUUGCAUCAUUUGUAUCCUCCUUCUAUUGGCAAUUUUUUUUUAUAAAUGUUUCACAGGCAAGACCACUGAGGAGCCAGCGAAGCCCCCUUGUACCGAUGAAAAUGAAGGUGAAGAUUGUUUAUUUGCCAGUGCAAAGAUGAACAAACCCAAAGAUCAAGAAAAGGUCCUACUGCGCUUGGUAAACAUGGACAUGCCAGUGAGACCUGGCAUUCUUGUCCAAAGACAGAGUAAGGACGGCGAGGUGGCCUCACCCUUAGGAGAGAUCACCGAGGCAGAAGAGGACAAACACAGACAGACAUUAGAGCCUUUGACGAAUGCUGGAGAAACCACCCUUGAGGGUGAGAGUGCUGAGAAAACACCCGUACAUGUCCACAGAACUUCAACCGCUGAAAGCCAAAAAAGACCUUUAAAAGGAGUGACGUUUUCUAAGGAAGUCAUUGUUGUGGAUCUCGGAAACAAAUACCCCACACCUCGAAGCUAUUCUCGAGAACACAAAGAGAGAAAGUGA